UCUCAUACUCUUCUCUCUUUUCAUGUCGUCGAAAAUAUCAUACUUGCGUAAAAUAAGCGUGAUUGUCGCUCUCUAGUCUCGUAGUCAUCGUUUUCGUAUGGAUUUAUUUUUUAAGCUCAAACAAGUUUCCUUCGGAAUGUAAUAUCUUUAUAAAACGUAACCCGUCUCUCUAACUCCCGAAGUGUCGCUCUCCGUUAAUUGUAACGGUCAUGUCAGACGCCGUAACCAAAACCGUCGCCCCUCUCCGUCGCAAACCGAACCCUCUUAACGGAAGACACACUAACGGCAUCACCAUCGACGGAAUCAUCGACGACCACGAAAUGGAGAACAUUGCGAAGAAAACCGACGACGGCGGAGGAGGAGAAGGAGAAUGGACAAACAAGGCGUCUUUUAUGACGUGGACGGUGGAUGACUUUGUCUACGUGGCGAGACACCAUUGGAUACCGUGUUUAUUUGCGGCCGGAGUUAUGUUUUUUACGGUUGUGGAGUACACGUUCCAGAUGACUCCCGCAAGUUCUCAGCCGUUUGAUUUAGGAUUUGUGGCCACGCGCUCUCUGCAUAGCAUUUUGGCAUCUUCACCAAACCUUAACACCGUUUUAGCUGCUUUAAACACGAUUUUGGUAGGGAUGCAAACAACGUAUAUUGGAUGGACAUGGGCAGUUGAAGGACGACCACGAGCGACCAUCGCGGCUUUAUUCAUGUUUACGUGUCGCGGCAUUCUCGGCUACUCUACUCAGCUCCCUCGCCCUCAGGAGUUUUUAGGAUCAGGAGUAGAUUAUCCGGUCGGAAAUGUAUCGUUCUUCCUCUUCUACUCGGGUCACGUCGCCGGCUCGAUGAUUGCAUCGUUGGACAUGAAGAGGAUGCAGAGAUUUAGGCUGGCGAUGGUUUUUGACAUCUUCAAUGUAUUACAAUCGAUUAGGCUGCUUGGUACGAGAGGGCACUACACGAUUGAUAUUGCGGUUGGAGUUGGCGCUGGGAUUCUCUUUGACUCUUUAGCCGGGAAAUACGACGAGAUGAGGAAGAGACACUUAAACACUACUCGUUUAAAUUUGAUCUCGAAAGACACUCUAGUACUCGAUUGAAAUCUUUUUUCUUUUUUUCCUUUUUCCGGAAAGUAAUUGUGUAUAUUAUAUCAAAUCUAUUUCUUUUUUUUAAAACGUUUAGAAACACAUUUAGAUGAAGUCUAAUGAUUUAGAUU